AAGAGAAAGAGAGACAAGACAAUUCUCUCGUAGUGAGAAAGUCAGAAAGAGAUUGAACUGAGUCGACUCGAGCCGAGCGAGUUGGGUCCCUGAGUUAAAGUGACCGAAUCAACAAAAUCUUAAAAUCACACCUUAACAAAAACAAAAAAUAAAACACAGCGGAGUGUGGUGUGUGGUGUGGGUUUGGGUGUGGGCGUGGCACUAGAAAAAAAUGGAGAACGAGAAGAUAAUUAGUGAUCUUUCCUUUACCUCUCUCAUGCCCAUCAUUGUUAUUACCUAUUCUUCUCUAACCCUAACUCUUAUCUACAACUCCGCUCUUCUCACAUUAACAAUAACUCAUAUAUCAACCAAACCUUUACAACUCAAUUCUUCUCUCUUUCUCUCUACUUUUCUUCUUUGUCACUUUUUUUCCGUAUCCACCCCGAGUUUUCGUCUCGUUCUCAAGUUUUUCUUCUUUCUUGCCCAACGGAGAAGCAUUUUCAAGCGUUCUACAUUGCAUACUUUUUGCUGUAGGUUACAUGAUCUGAGAAGUAGUGGCAGCAAAGUAUAGUAUCUGGGAUACGGCAAUUUUUGGUUCAUGGAAGAGUUUGGGGGCCAUUGUUUUAAUGGUAUUAAUAAUGCUGCAAAGAAGAAAAGAAGUCAAACUUCUCGCCGACCACGACCUGAUUCGCAGUCUGUUGUUGAAUGUCAUGACUCAACACCACCUUCAGAAGAUGUGAGCAAGAUCUCUAGUGAUGAGAAUGUCGGUUAUGAUAACAAAUCUAAGCGGAAAGAGUUCAAUCUCAAUCAAUCUGUUUCUGGGUUAUAUCCUGGUAGUGGAAUUGAAGGUGAGAAACCCCAAAAAAGAGGUAAGAGGGCGAAUGGAGGAUUUAACAAUUUCUACAAUAAUGAACGAGGGCGAAGUGGCCAUAACAAUAAACGUGCUAGUGAAGGUGUCCUUGCCCCUGCAAACUGGAGAAGGAAUGGUGAGAGCCAGAGUCCAGGGCAGUUGGGAGUGAAUUGUGAACAUUUAGGAAAUGAGAGUAAGGUGAAAAAAGUCAAGCUGAAGGUUGGUGGUGUUACACGCACUAUACAGGCAAACUCCACAGCCAAUGGUGUGGCAGGGGGUGGGUCUUCUAAGAAUUCCCAGUCCUCAGAUGACUCCAGACCAAGGCAGAGGCACAAUCUUCAGGCAAUUUCUGAGGACAGCCUUUCUCCUCAAGAUAAGAGGUCUGGCCUUCAAGGGAUCCCUUGGAAGGAUUUCUCACAAGGUGGUUUUACUUUUGGGAAGGAGGAUCCAUUGAUGGGGAAGAGAUUUGGAAAAAAUUCCUCCGGAAAACAAGAUCACUCUGGUGCUGCUCGUAAGAGCAAGCGGGUAUCUAAGAGGCGUGUGCUGGAUGGAGAAUUUGAAGAUGAUGAGGAUGAUGAGAUUCGAUACCUGGAGAAACUUAAAACUUCAAAGGUUACUCCAGGUUAUAAGGAUGAUGAAGAAUUAGGAAAAAAACAUCUAAAACUUUCUAGAGUUUCAAAUUUGGAAAAUAUUGGCACUUCAAGGUCAGGCAAGGAUGGGAAAAAAAAUUCCAGGUCUGAUAGAGUUUCUGGGGACACUAAUUAUGAGGAAGAAGAAGAGGAGCCAUUGUCUGAUGGCGAGGCAUGUGAUAGAAAGGACAAAAAACAGAAGAAAGAAUCUGUUGACACAUUGAUGAAUGAUAAGAGGGAAAUAGCACUGACAACACGUCAAAGGGCACUUCAGUCUAGCAAAGAUACGUCUUCUGCUCCAGGUUCAAGUUUAAUUGAGUUCCCAAAUGGUUUACCACCUGCCCCACCAAGGAAGCAAAAGGAGAAACUUACAGAAGUGGAGCAGCAACUAAAGAAAGCGGAAGCUGCUCAGAGACGAAGAAUGCAAGUUGAGAAGGCUAAUAGGGAAAAUGAGGCUGAGGCUAUUAAAAAAAUUCUUGGUCAAGAUUCUGGCAGGGAGAAGCGGAAAGCACAAAAGAAAAAGCGCCAGGAAGCUUUGGCACAGGAGAAGGCUGCAAGUGCGCUGAUGCGUGCAUCCAGUACUAUCAGAUGGGUUAUGGGUCCUGCCGGAACCGUUGUGACAUUUCCCAAAGAUAUGGGCCUCCCUAGCAUUUUUGAAUCAAAACCUUGCAGUUAUCCUCCUCCACGUGAGAAUUGUGCGGGUCCAUCUUGCACUAACCCAUACAAAUAUCGGGAUUCGAAAUCAAAGCUUCCCCUCUGCAGUCUCCAGUGCUAUAAAGCAGUUCAAGAAAAACUUCAGGCUGAAACUACAUGCUGAUAUUGCCGGAAUAUUGGUCCUGUUGUGGCACAUGCAAGGUAGUUCUGCACAUUUAUGUUAGUAAAUCUUUGUUUAGAGGCUGGCAGAAGUUAUUUUUCUUUAACUUCCAUUUAUUUAGAGAGAACAAUACAAGCAUGGAUUCUCAUUGGCUGUAUGAGCAGCCAAAUAAACAUCAGUAUACAGCGUAUGCUUGGUGACAGUGUUGCACAUAAAUAAGAGGAUUAGAUAAGAGUCUUGUACCUGAAGGAGCUUUUGUAAUGUUAAUGUUUUUCACCGGUCUCAUUGAUUCAAUUGGAUUAUUUGAUGCUGGUAUCUUAUUAAAUUGUCCUCCUACCGCAGUUUUGAUA